AUGGCUUUACAAGACGUCAUGACACGCUACAGACUCUCUGCGCUAUGCAUGACACUCUGUGUGCUCUUCUUUGGCUCUCGCUACCUCUUCUCCUCUACUACAAUACCACUGACUGCCAAGCAGCAACGGUGUAGUAAUCUCCCACACACCUGGCGCGGCUACAACGACAGGCUACGCCCUGACUUAUCUCGGGAAAUCAAGAUUGAGCAUGUCGAUCAUGCUACUGUCAAGGUGGACCAUCAAAUACAAGUCUUGCUCGCUCGAGCGCCGAUUGAGGAGUUUGAUAUUGAAGUGAAUGUACAAACGUCGCAUGAAGUGGGUAGUGACGAUUUCAGCAUUACGUUUGAGAAUUCUGUCAUGCGGAUCUAUACACUGCUUGGACCGGACAGUGAAUUGGCGAGGGCGCCAAAGCACUGUGUAGCGAUGCAGAUUAUCCUGCUCAUUCCGCCAUCACGGCCCUUGCCAAAGCUGAGUUUAGUCUUCCCAGACGCUGAUGUUGCGCUGCUCGAGAGCGCAUGGGGUUCAUUGCCGGAGCUCGACAUUGCACUCGAACGUGGGGAUAUCAUUGCAGAAGCCGGUCAACGUCUGCAUGCAGGCCGCAUCAAGCUCAGUACGCUCGAGGGAAAUAUUCGUGGGAAAUUGAUGAUUACAGAGCAGAUGGAUGUGUUUGCCCAGACGGGUCAUGUGGAUGUACAGGUGGGUUAUUCGCCCUUUGAUGUGGGUGCCAAUUUGAAUGUGCGUGUACAGACGGGCUCUCUGCGGGUGGAUGUCGAAGAUUUGCUGUAUCGACCACUCUAUGGCAACUAUAUGAUCGCACAGGGUCCGUUGACACUGGCGUAUCCCAAUAGCUACAAUGGAUACCUCUCCCUCCAAGCGGCAGACGGCGCAGUGGAUAUCAGGGGAAAGGGACUCGAGCCUAGUGAAGAGAGUGGACCGGGAAUGAAGCCUGCGUACUGGGAAGGCAGACAUGGUCCGGGUCAUCAGACCACCAUUGCGCGUAUCACUGAGCGUGGUAGCCUGCGUGUCGACAUGCAUUGA